AUUUAACGAACCACCAGCCUGCACAGCCAACCUUUAACAAUUCCAAGUGAUCACCUUCGCGCAUCGUUACUUCCGAUUGACCAACUGCACAGUAAUCAGCCAGAGCCACGUAUCUUCCGCCCUGAAAAAUUACGAGGGGAGAUUGGCGAUUACAUGGCAAUUACCGAAUUUCACAGUGUGACGCCUCCAAUGUGCAAAGAGCCAACGAUCAGUGUCAGUGUAAAAGCUAAUUCAGUGUUCAAGAAGAUCCAAAGAUGUAAUUGGCGAAAAAGCACUUCAGGGAUGCAGCUGCAACUGUAAAGUUUAUUUCUAAUGUAUAAAUCAGAAGGACAGGAAGAGCAUGUGGAAGAAAAAGAAAAGUUCUAUCAUAUUGACGUAUUCUUCAAGAGGAGGUGCGAUGGCAUAGCAUCUGUCGCCCAACGUGGGACUCACCGUUCGAUUCCAAAGAUUAUUCUCAGAUUCUAAAUUAAGGCUCUAAAGUUAAUUUUUAACAGUUACUUGGUAGACUAACGGAUGUUUAUAUCCUGCAUUUAAUAGACUGUGAUUAUCAUAUAUUUAACAAAAAGACAAUUGAAAUUGUUUAGAAAAAAACUCAUCGUAAAUAUUUAUAAUUACGAAAAAGAAAAAAAUUACUAUUAAAAAAAUUUGUAAUUACAGAAAAUUAAAAAAAUUACUAUUAAAAAAAGAAAAAUAAAGAAGAACUAUGAAAUAAAUAUAUUGAAAAAAUAUCUAUUCGAAUAAUGAGAUGAUAUUAAGAAUUAAUAUUAAGAAUAUGAUUUAAGAAUCACUGGAGAAUUACAAAAAAAUAGAGAAAUAAUAAAAAUAAUAAAAUUAAUAAAAUUAAUAAAAAUUAGAAAAAUAAUAAAAAUUAAAAUGGAAAAAUUAUUUUUCCCAAGUAAAAUAAGCAUAAGAUGAUAGAGCAGAAGGAUUAAAAUUAAAAGUUCAAGGAUCCUAAGAAGCUGAGAAGAAGGAGGAAAUGAAAAUAGUGGAGAUCAAUGAAAACAAGAGGUUUUUCGAUUUUUAAAAUGUCAAUGAAGAGAAUUGCAGUUCUAACGGCUGUACACUCUUCUCAAUAUUAUUCGAAUAAUUCAAGUGGUUCCGGUUUGAGUUACAUUCUUCAGGGUUAUAACAUGUCCUCCAUUGGGAAUGGAAGAUCCAGCCGCUUUGAGCCCGAUCUGCACGGAAACGUGAAUAUUCUUCUAGGAGGAGCCAUGCUCAGCGGUGUGAUUAUGAUCGUCGUACUGAUUUGUUACUGCUGUCAUAGAAAUGUACGAAAGCAUCGACCGCAGGAAUAUUCUCAAUACUGGCGCACUGAACCAGAUGUUCACAGUCUUGAAGUUUUUACGAUGGAUUCUCAUGCUAUGUGUUACGAGCGAGGGAUAGGUUUAAACGGGACGGAAGAAGGGACCUUAUCGUCAGUACCCCGUCCAGUAACUCCGGGACCACCUCCAGCUUAUGAAAGCCUAAUCUUCAACCCCCAGAAUUUACCCUCGCCUAGUGAUAAGAAGGAAUCACCGAGGAGUCUAGGGAACAUACUUCCGGUUUGUCCGGAAUCAGAUACGGCUCAUAUAAAAUCUAAAGAACUCACCAAUAAUGAUGACGAGGGCUUACCCUCAUAUGAAGCUGCUCUCAAACUCGAAGCCAGUGGUUACGUUUAAAGGCAAAAAAAAACGAACAUUAUAACCAAAAAACUUCCACAAUGGCUUAUUUUAUUGUUAUAAAAGUCAAAAGAGACUUAAAAUGAUUACCAUGAAGAAGAAUAUAAAUCUUCGGGAAAUUUCUCUUUUUGCAAAUUUUAUUUGCAAUAUUUCUCUUUGAGGUGUUAAAAGUGAUCUUCCUGUUUAAAAAAAAAAAAUUUUGAAUUUGAAGAACACGAAAAAAAAUGAGGCGCAGUUUUUUUUUGUUUUUUUUUGAAAAUAUUCUGAGUUAAUCAGAAUUAUGUGGAGGAGAAAAUGCGUACUCUGAAUUUUAUACCAUAUAUACAGACACUUUGUUGUACUAAACGAAAUUUCGUUUUGUACGCUUUUAAUGAAUUACGUAUUACACCUUGUACAUAGAUGAUAACUGAGGACUAUGCAAAAAUUUAACAAUAUACGCUUUCAAUAAUAUAUACACUCCAUAAAAAUUGGGUUUUAAAUUAAUUAUAAUAGGUAUCUAUACUGUAAUUUUUUUCAGAAUUAAUUUUACAUUUGCAUAUUAGUGAAAUUAAUAAUCGGCGUUUCAUUUCAGAAAUUUCGUUAUGAUAUAUAAGUUGUAAA